UUGGUUAUGCGGGAAGGCCCCGGUCCUGCAGCACGCAGGGUGGGCGUAGCGCCGGCGCCCGCGACGCCCGCGCUGGGGGUCCCCGCCGCCGCCUCUCCCGACAGCCCUGGGGGUCGCUGGGGGCUGCUGUGUGCGUGCGGCGUGCCCUUCGUGGAGGCCCGCACCGCGCCGGCGGGCUUUCUGGGGUGCGGGGGACGGGCGUGCGGUCGGGACGUCAGCGUUGGGAAGAGAAACGGAAAGUGCCCUGGUGCCCUGCCCCAGUCGCCCCGAAUUCUGACGUCCCACGUGACCGUGGCAACUGGAUCCAAGCUUUGAAAUCAUUCGCACUGGCGCAGUCCUGUGAAUGGCCCACAGACUCUGCUCGGAUUUCACCUCUUUACCGCUCGUGUCGUACUUCUCUUCGCCCGGUGCUCUGCGGUGCCUGUUCCCCGGGGCCAUCACGUGGCACGUGCUCUAACACCUCAGACUGCAGAAACAGAUGCCAUUCGGUUUUUGGUUGGGACGCAGUCUCUUAAAUAUGAUAAUCAGAUCCACAUCAUAGAUUUUGAUGAUGAAAAUAACAUUAUAAAUAAAAAUGUCCUCCUACAUCAAGUGGGUGAGAUCUGGCACAUUAGUACCAGUCCUGCCGACAGAGGUGUGCUGGCCACGUGCUACAAUAAACCUUCAGACAGCAAAGUCCUGACGUGUGCAGCCGUGUGGAGGAUGCCGAAGGAGCUGGAGCCGGGCAGCCACGAGUCCCCUGACGAUUCAUCAAGCACCGCGCACAGCCUGGAGCUGCUCUGUCACCUGGACGACACGGCCCACGGCAGCACGGCCUGUGUCACGUGGGAGCCCACGGGGGACGGGAAGAAGGUCAUCUCACUGGCGGACAACCACAUCCUGCUGUGGGACCUGCAGGAGAGCUCUGGCCAGGCUGUGCUGGCCAGUUCGGCCUCCCUGGAAGGGAAGGGGCAGCUGAAGUUCACCUCCGGUCGUUGGAGUCCUCACCACGCUGGCACCCAGGUGGCCACCGCGAGCGACACGACUGUCCGAGGGUGGGACACGCGGAGCAUGAGCCAGAUAUACUGCAUAGAGAACGCCCACGGGCAGCUGGUGCGGGACCUGGACUUCAACCCCAACAAGCAGUACUACCUAGCCAGCUGUGGGGACGACUGCAAGGUGAAGUUCUGGGACACCCGAAAUGUCACUGAGCCUGUGAAGACCCUGGAGGAGCACUCCCACUGGGUGUGGAGCAUCCGGUACAACCACUCGCACGACCAGCUUGUCCUCACGGGCAGCAGUGACAGCAGGGUCAUCCUGUCCAACAUGGUGUCCAUCUCCUCCGAGCCCUUCGGCCACCUGGUGGACGACGAUGACCUGAGUGACCAGGAGGAGCGCCGUCCAGAGGAGAAGAGCCAGGAGCCCCCACGGGAUGGCGUCAUCGCGACCUAUGAGGAGCAUGAGGACAGUGUGUACGCCGCAGACUGGUCCUCCGCUGACCCCUGGCUCUUCGCCUCCCUGAGUUACGACGGGAGGCUCGUCAUCAACAGGGUGCCCCGGGCGCUGAAAUACCAUAUAUUGCUCUAGCCCCGUCCCGAUCCGUCUUUUGGCGGGUUCUCGAAAACGUGCAGCUCCUGGGAGGCACUUAGUUCUCCAGAUAGACUCGUGUCUGGGAGAGCCGGCGCUGCCUGCCCCCGGAGCCCUUGUGCGUGACGAGCAGCUCCCACCAACAGCCGCUGACCCUGCCCGAAGUCUCCCCCGCCGGUGAGAGGACGUCGUCCUCCCUGGGGCGUGAGCCGUCCUGCUGCAGGUGGCUGUCUGCACGGCCACUGUUUGCUUUCCCCAGUCUCUGUCAGGGUUUUGGGAGUUUCAUUAAAAAAACAGAAAGAACAAAAAAACCCCACUUUGUUUCCAUAAUAUUAACUCAUUUUUCUCUUGAGAUUAAAUAUAAAAUAAAAUAACUAAGGCCAUGCUA